AAGAGAAAAGUGGGGCCCAAAGAGGAUCCAUCCCUGGCCUGUGCUGGCUGGUGAAUCUAUUGGCACAGCUGGGACCCCAGCUUAGGUCUCCCAGACCAUCGACAGACACCUGCACCCUGCCUGAAGAAAUCCACUCAGCUGCUGUUUGACCGAGGUACAGACGAGAGACAACCUCUGGCCCCCCAGCAGCUGGCCAGCUUGGCAGCCCCGUCUUGAGCCCCGAACUCCCCUCCCCUGGCCCCAUCCCCUUCCCCAUUGAAGGAGCGGAGAGAAGAGCGAAGAGUGAGCAGAGAGAUUGAGAUUGAGAGAGAGAGAGAUAGACGGAGAUCUCUGGAGCAGACCUCAAGACCCCCAAAGCCCGCCCUGGAAGCUGGCUGCACGGCUCCUUAUUUGGACCAUACCAUACGGAGAAUGCCAGCCCAGGGGGGGCCGAAGCUUCAGAGCAGACGAGAAAAUCCAUUGCAAGCAGGUGACUUCCAUUUCUAUCUGGUUCACGUCUGGGGGGGCCCUGGCCGGGCAGCCCCCCCACAUUUCUCCUGCCCUAAAACACGGCUCUAGCCAACCUGCUCCGCUGCUUCACCUGCGACCGUCUGUGUGGGGGCUGCACGGCGCCAGCCCCUCCGGCCCGCCAGGGCAUCGUCCUCCAGCCAGUCAUGCCGAGCUGUGACCCGGGCCCGGGCCCAGCCUGCCUCCCCACCAAGACGUUCCGCAGCUACCUGCCACGCUGCCACCGCACCUACAGCUGCGUCCACUGCCGGGCACACCUGGCCAAACACGACGAGCUUAUUUCCAAGUCUUUCCAAGGGAGCCAUGGCCGAGCCUACCUGUUUAACUCCGUGGUCAACGUGGGCUGUGGGCCGGCCGAACAGCGCCUCCUGCUCACGGGGCUCCACUCUGUAGCUGACAUUUUCUGCGAGAGCUGCAAAACCACGCUGGGCUGGAAAUAUGAACAAGCCUUUGAGACAAGCCAGAAGUACAAGGAGGGGAAGUACAUCAUUGAAAUGUCACACAUGGUGAAGGACAACGGCUGGGACUGAGGGAGGACAAGCCUUGAGUCAUGGGCCGGUAGACGGCAGGCCACAGAAUAGCAGAUGAGAAGAGGCUUGGGUCGGAGUGAAAUCUUGGCCUCCGACACCGGGAAAUACCAGUCUCUGAGGGUGAGGUGCCCCACCCCCAUCUGUAGAAGGGACUCGGGGGUGGAAGAGGCUCAAAUCCCAGGCCCUGGGAAAGAAUAAAAGUAUCACAGGGGGUUCCAUUUCACUCCACUUGUUUGUCUUGGCACUGAAGAGGCACUUUCGAGUAUCUAACCUUUGCCACUGGAUGGGUGGGGAGAGCUGCUCCGGGGUCUGCCCCCACCUGGCGGGCAGCGCCGGCGAGCGGAAUCUGGGGGCAUUCUCCCCGGCUCAGCCAACGCUCCUCGGGACCCUGUCCCUGGGAGGGGAGUGAGUGGGGAAUCAGCGCUACGGGGCCAGGCUUCCUCGUGGCUGCCACCAGCGAACGAAACUUUUGUAUGAUACAUAAAGUGUUUGGGUCUAUUUUUAAUAAAAAGGGGGAAAGCAAC